AAUUAUGGAUAAAGUCUCACGAUGUACUGUGUUGUACUAAUUUAAUACGACUAUUAAGCGAGUUAACGCAACAUUUUCGAGUUUUAUUCAAUUAAUAGCAACCUGGUCUUGCGUUUGCUUACGGUGUCCCUUCCUUCGCUGUCUCAUUUUAGAAAUGUCCACGCUCUUCCCAUCUCUCUUCCCUCGGAUAACGGAAUCACUCUGGUUCAACCUGGACCGACCUUGUGUUGACGAGUCCGAGCUGCAUCAACAGGAGCAGCAGCACCAAACCUGGCUGCAGAGCAUUGCUGAGAAAGACAACAACCUGAUGCCCAUUGGGAAACCCAUAUUUGAUGUGUCAGCAGGAUACGAUGAAGAGGAAGAAGAGGAUGAUGAGGAUGAGGAGGACAGUGAGGAAGACUCUGAAGAUGAAGAAGACAUGCAGGACAUGGAUGAAAUGAAUGACUACAACGAGUCUCCUGAUGAUGGCGAGAUUAACGAGGUGGACAUGGAAGGGCCAGACCAAGACCAAGACCAAUGGAUGAUUUAAGACAAGGGACACUGUUGGCUUUACCUUGUUGUCUGGCAAAGGAUUGCUGCUCCUUUCUUACAGCUGUACUCAUCUUAUGUGAACAGGACAAGAAGUAGAAUCAAUGUAGUUUUUUACGCCGCAGUGACCUUGAUGGCAAUAUGAUGCUGUUUGAUGUGUGAGUGUUGCUACCUUCACACAGUCACUUUGAUUCAAAAUGAGGUAGUAAAAAAACACAAGUAUGUUCAGGCCUCUGUGUACAUGUCUCAUUUCUUUUGUGUGAACCUCUGGCUCUAUGCUGGACACACAUGAGCUCCUAGUAGAACAAAUACCCACACAAUGGGGGCAGGAGGCAUCAGUCAGUGCAUCUUUUAAACUUUAACCAUGCCAUAUCAUGGCAUGUCAUGUGCCCCUUUUCAGAGCGUCUCCAAACAGCUGACCGAGCAUAGGCAGCAGUUCAGUCAGCAGAAUAAUUUGUUACCUAUGAAGGAGACUUUAAGAACUUAUCCAUAUAAUGCUGGUUGAUGCUUAAGUCUGCAUAUCAUUUGUUACAGACAUCAGAUGAUUUUCAAGAUUGCUAAACAUAUGGUGUUCAGGGGAUGCUUUUAAUGUUUUAAUAAUGUUUAAAGUAAAGCAGCCACCUCCACUGGAAAAUGUUAAUAGAAAUGUAAAUACUGUCGUGAAUGUGCAUCUUCCAUCCUGUGUAAGAUCAAGGUUUACUAAGCAGGGUUUGAGUAUUUAUACUGAAAUAAACAUUUUUUUCCUAAUGAA